AUGGAAUUAGAACACAUCCGCAUUUCGAAACCCGACCAUGAAGAUGAAAAAACUGAGUCACCAUCACGAACAGAGGAAGUGAUUCUUCUGUCUUGCGCGUUUGCGAGACGAGCAUUGCCUUUCCGAGUCGAGAGAACGAGAAGAAUUGAUCAGAAGACUAAGAAGCGUCAUCCUUCCUUACCUGACAAUCUUUUCCUCGCGGUCAUGACGGACGCUGCGCAUUUGCUGUCCGACGUGGCGGGUUUGGGCGUCUCUUUGUUGGCCAUCAAGGUCUCGAGCUGGGAAGCGAAUCCGAGAAACUCUUCCGGGUUUAAACGGCUUAAAGUUUUAGCAGCUUUCUUGUCUGUUCAGCUCGUACGGCUUGUCUCUAGAGUUAUAAUAUAUGAAGCCAUUCAAAGACUUCUUAGCAGAAGCUGA